GUAAAAAUCAAAUCUUUCUCUCUCUCUCUCCGACGGAGAAAAAGUCUCCGACUGUGUAAAAUGAUGAACCAUGGUGGUGGCGGCGGCGGAGGUAACGGAGGAGGAGGAGACGCUGAGCGUAUGCUAGCUCAAGCAGAGAAGCUACUCUUAAGCGGAGACUUAAACGGUUCAAAAACCUACGCGAUUCGCGCAUGCGAAGCCGAUCACUCACUCGUAGACCACGCCGAGUUAAUCCUCGCCGUCGCCGACACUCUAAUCGCCGGAGAAUCACGAAUCAGAGGAACCACUUCCGAUCUUCCCGACUGGUACGCCGUGCUCCGUCUCGUUCGUUUAACUCACAACCCUGAACUCGUCGCGACUCAGUACAGUAGACUCGCCGUGUUGCUUAACCCGAGUCGAAAUCGGUUUCCUUAUUCUGAACAAGCUUUUAGGUUAAUCUCUGAUGCUUGGUAUGUUCUCUCUGAUCCUUCUAGAAAGACAUUGUAUGAUAGAGAAUUGCAUCUGAGUCAAUUUGGGCAACUCGGUCAAUUAGGGUUUCAGCUUUUCAAUCAAACGCCACAAUCUCAGUCUCAAUCUCCUCAACAUCAUCAGCAACAAUCUCAGUCACCUCAACAUCCGAACCAGAACCAAACGAUGUCGUUUCAGAAUCAGCAGUUACCAUUUCAGCUUCAUCAACCACAUUUUGCUCAAGCUGUUCAGACUCAGUCUCAGUCACAGCAGCAGCAGCAGCAAAGGUCUCAAUUUGAUCAGCAGUUAUUGCAGGAGCAACAACAAGCAUCUUGGAGGCAACAGUUUGGUCAAGAGCAAAGUAGUGGUUCGAGUAGUGAUUGGAAAAGACCAGUGGAGGAAGAGAGGUUGAUUAAUUUGAACAAUGCAACUGAAAGGGUUCAGUCUAGUCGUCGUUUUUCUGAGCCGGAGCGGCCGCCUAGUAGAUCAUUUGAGGGAUCUUCUCAUAGGACUCCUUCAACAGAUUUGACAUGGGCGUCUAAGCCUACUCCAGUGUCUGAGUCUGUACGUCAGUCUGAGCCUGUACCGUGGCAAUAUUCGGAGCCGGCUAGACAGUAUCAGUCAUCUAGUAGGUCUAGUGAAGCUGCUCAACUCUCGCUGCUGCCUUCUGUUUCUGUCUCACCUCAUGCAUCUCAGCCGACUCGCUCGAAUCAGUCACAUGCAGUCUCUAAACCGCAGCCUCCACCCAAUACCUCUAAGCCAAUGCCGGUAUCUCAGCCACCUACAACCUCUAAGCCGUUGCCAGUGUCUCAGCCACCACUGGUAUUUCAAUCAACCCGUCCCUCUCAGCCACCUGCAGCCUCUAGUUCUCCUUCUCAACUGCCUCCUGUCUUCAAUUCAGCACAAUCAUUCCAGCCACCUACUGUCUCUACUACUCCCUCUCCGGUUCCAGCAGCCUCUACUAUUCCAUCUCCGGCUGCGCCUGCGCCAGUUUCUCAGCCAACUCGGGUUUUUAACCAAACCCCAACUGCUGAACAGACUCCAAAGAGUGGGGAUGCAAGAUCCGAUUCUGAGCCGGAGGUUCCGAGUUUCUGGACGACUUGUCCAUACUGCUACGUGCUUUACGAGUAUCCCGUCAUUUACGAGGAAAGGGUGCUUAAAUGCCAAACUAAGAGCUGCAGGAGAGCUUACCAGGCAGUGAAGGUUCCUUCUCCGCCAGUUACUGAAGAAGAUAGUUACUAUUGCUGUUGGGGUUUCUAUCCAAUAGGAUUCUCAGAAGUGACUAAAAUCCCAGUCAGUGGUUUACCCAAAUCAGCACCCAAAAAACCAUCUCCAAAGGUCUACUAUUAUGACGACGAAGAAGAAGAUGAUGAUUCAUACAUAGAUUCUGAUCCUAGUGAGGAUGAUGACGACGAUGACUGGCUGAUGAAUGGUACAAAAAGAAGGAAGAAUGUGAAGCAAAGUAAAGCUAAAGCAUCAACCAACCAAAACGUCAAAAAGUAAUCGAGGUUGAUUGAGUAAAAUCGGGUAGGGAACAGAAAAAGAACAACUUCAGUAAGGCUCUCUCUGUUCUUCAUUUCUGGCUCUGUUGUUGUAUUUUAGUUGCAGUAGUUUCUCUUUAUGUAGUGUAAGGUAAAUUUGCUUGCUUCCGCGGUUUCCAUGUUCUGUUU